UCGGAAAUUCACCGCAGAAGUUCCAUAGCUGCUCCACAAGUGCCAUGCCCAUUACCGACGGGCCCACAUGCAUCUCACAUUCGGCCAGCAAAUCGAGGACGCCAACUGCAUCUUGAGGCAGUUCGGUGGUCCCCCAGCAAGAGGCAAAGACUUUACUCCAUCCACCACCUGCAGCAUGAGCUCCGGCAACGGCAUCUCCCCACAGACCCUGGCGGAGGACGGAGAUCUGGCGGACUUUGAGCUUCCUCCGUCCGCCGUCCCGCUGGAGAAGGACGGAAAGGUCACUGACGAUGACACCAGCGCGAGUGACGGCUGCGAUGCCUGGUCCCACACGGCUCGGCUGCCGCAGCUGCGCGUGCGAGCUUUCCGCGCAUCUCCUCUUCGAUCGCCGAUGCGAUCACCAGACAACGCACCCCGCCGUCGGUCUAAGGACGAAGGCGCAGCGGCCACACGCGCCCAGCUUCGAGAGGGAGGCACAGGUGUCGAGGACGUGCUGAACCGCGUGCGGUACGACCUUUGCGAUUCCGAAGGCUUCCAGGUGCUGGUGGACAACGUGGAGCGGCCCAACCUGUGCCGCGCCCACCUGCUCCGGGCGGAGUGCAGGCACGGGAGCAACUGUCGGCACCACCACGGGGGCUCCUUGCGCUGGCGAGGGGAAAGGCCCUUGGUCAGCAGCGGCAGCGUGCCGCAUGUGGAGGCCUUGGGCUUGGCGCACCUUUGGCAACUGCUGGACAGCGCGCCCUGCUCCACGGCCAGGCACUCGCUGCUGCAGACGGUGGCCUUUCUGCUCUACCAGGGUGAGGUGGUUUGGUCCCGGCACGUGGGGCGAACCGCCACUCAGCAGCUUUGGGAUUCCUUCCUCGCUUCUCGCUUCGGCCGCGCCCCGAGCGCGGCGACGCCCAGCGCUUCCGGUCGCGCGGCCCGGGGCGACUUCUCGGAUGCCGCGGAGCUGGUGGCGGCAUGGCCGGGCGCUGUCUGGGAGCGGGUGCUGGAACACUUGCAGGAUCCUUGCUUGAUCUCAGGAGCAGCCUGCGCGCUGCUGUGUAGCUGCCAGAGCAUGCAGCGAAGCGCUUUGGGGGACGAAAGCCUCUGGGAGAUGCUAGGCAGCUGGACGGAUGGACCGGCCCUGACUCAGGUGCCGGCGUCACCCUUCCAGAGCUACACCUCCCUGGCGAAGAAUCUGCAGCUCUACCGCGUCUGCUGGGAAGCUUGCCAGGGCAGCAAGGCGCCCAAGAGCCCGUGCCUGGGCCCGGAGGCUCCGAGAGGUAGCCCAUCCAUGUCCCCAGAGAUCGACAGGCGCUCCGCUUCGGUGGAGCUGGGCUUCGAGGUGUCCAUGCUGCGCGGCAACGCUUCGCUGGCGGUGGCGGCCUGCCGCCGCUCCAACGAGCUCCGCUUGUUCCAGAGCCGCGGUUUGGGCCGCCUACCAGCGCUGCGGGUGUCCCGCAACGUGGAGGCCUUUGACAUGUUGAACGAGAAGGACGCGCUGGUGGUAGGCGGCGCGGAUGGUCAGCUCAUGCUGCACGCGGUGAGCGACCCCAAGAACUGCCAGCGCUUGGCGCGGCUGGAAGUGGCCGACCGAAAUCGCGAUGCUUUGGGCGGCUCCUGCCCGACCUUCGCGGGGCUCCACUUUCUGCACGCAGGCUCGCAGGUGGUAGUGGCCGCCCGCAGCCAGAGCCGAGCCCAGCUUCUGGACGUAGCCACGGCGAGCGAAGUCAGCCGCUGCAAUACGGGCGGGCCACUACUGCAGUGUGAGCUGCUGGGGAAUGAGGCGUUACUAUUUGACGCCAAUGGCACGGUAAAGCUUUGGGACUUGCGGACGAAGAGUCCGGUGACGCAGUUCCGGUGCCCCUCGCCCGGAAGGACUCCCUCGCUCAGCGUGAACGUGGGCUCGCCGGCCUGCGCCAUUCUCAGCACCUCUCUGCACUGGCUGGACCUCAGAGCCGGGCACGCCACGGAGGCCCGUCCGGCGGAGCAGUGGCCAGGCAUCUUCCAAGAGGCCUAUCCUGGCCGCCUGGUCAUGGCCAUCCGCGGCCUUGUGGCUGCCUGGUUCGACGGGCCCGCGCCCGUCGCUUGCUGGUUCGGCGCUGGCCCUGCCUUCGUGCCGAUCGGUGCCGACUACGGCAACGCGGCGGUGACUGCGGCGGCACUGCCCCUGGGCGGAGGCGCGCCACCUUUUGCCGUGGCGCUGGCAAGGCCAAGCCGUCGACGGCGCAGGCUGGUGUAUGAACUUUGCGCGGCUGCGUAGGCGGCCGGUGCAACAAGGCCUACGUGCCUUCAAUCUGUAGAUUUGCAGACGGCCGGCUGCCGAUUCUCUUUUCGGGCGGCCUUUUGCCGUAUGGGUCGGGCAUCCGUAAGCAGCCAACAUUUGGCAACGGAAGGCAUGCUCAUCUUGAUUGCGCGUGAUGCGCUUGGCCCCGUCUUUUGAGCAACUUCGACCUCACUUGAGGGAUCGAUCCCAAUGGCCUGAGCUGCGAGAGACCAAGCCAUACAAAGAUUGGACUACAGAUAUCUCAACAGAACUGUUUGGCCAGAAAGGUCGAGGCUCGGAUUGUUCCUGCAAAGUUUCAAUCCAUUACGUGCAGGCUGGGAGUUUUCAUGAACUGCUCACGUGUACAGCAAAGUCGGGCCAAGCUGUGCAGCUGCCUUGGUGAAGCAUGCCAGCCCUGAGCGAACCAUCCAAAGCCGAUGUCUCCACGCGCGACGCGCGUUGACCCACGGAAAUCCUGCCACCUGUCAC